AUGGCUACGGCGGCUUGGUUGCAUGGCCCUAACAAUAUGCGGCUAACAGAGGGUUUAGUGUCGGUGCUGAAGGAAGAGAGACCCGAAUAUUUACCUGCACUAUUAGCUAAUUAUCGAGAACAUGGUGUAGUCGGAACACAGAACUGUGGGACAGUAGGAGGACUGGUGGGGAUCAGCAACUCACGUCUCAGCUCCAGCAAAACAAGGUUUGAGGGUCUGUGUCUGUUGUCUAUGCUGGUAAAGGACAGUUCAAGUGAGGUGUUCCAGAAGCACUGCCUCUCAUGGCUGCGCUCUCUCCAGCAGAUCAUCCAGUCACAGGCCCCCCUGCCCUCAGUACAGCUGGCAGUAAGUGUGUUACAGGAUGUGCUGCAGUACUCCUCUCAGCUACCUGAGCUGGCAAGAGAAGUCGGUCUCAACUCCAUCCUGGGAAUUCUCACCUCCUUGCUGGGACUUAAGUCAGAGUGUCACCUAGCUGCCAUGGAGGGCAUGAUGGCAUGUAUGACCUAUUACCCUCGAGCAUGCGGCUCACUAAAGGAAAAGCUUGGGGUUUAUUUUCUGUCUAAGAUGGACUCGGACAACCCUAAAGUGCAAGAAGUGGCUUGUGAGUGUUAUGGACGGCUGCCAUGCCUGGGCGGUGUGCUAGAGCGAGGCGGAGGGGGGCGCAGGGCUGAGGGAUGGACGUAUCAGGUGCACUGUCUUCUGGCAUCAGCCAAUAGCAUUUUGGGGCAGUUGUACCAGGGCAUAGAAACAGAAGAGACUAUACAAUAUGUGGGAUCAGGAGUAGAGCUUAGCUUUCCUCCGAUGGAUGACAUCGAUCCACUAUUAAUUCUUCAGCUGCGCCAUCGCUACAGAGCAGUAUGUCUGGCUCUCAAGCAUACACUCAGCAUUGAUCCAGCCACCUCUGUACGUCUCCCCGUUCAGCAUGUCCUUAACCUGUUGUGUCGCGCCUUGGCGGUUAGCACCAAGAACAUUAAUGUCAUGGGUGAAGGUUGUUUAAAGCUGCUGGUUUUACCCUCAAUACAUAGUGACACCCUGGAGGUGCUCUCUGCUCUAAUCAAAGCUAUGGGUGCUGGUUUGGCACAGUAUUAUAAUAUGCUCUCCAGGCUUUUUUCUCAGUCACUUUCUGCAUGGACACCUCUGCCAGAAGCCAGCCUUGGUCAACAGAGAGCAUACAGUGCUGUGCGGGUGGCCCUGUACCGCACACUAGAAUUGUGGGUGCGAGUAUGCAGAGCCUCUGCCACAACACUACAGGGAAGCUCCUCCCACUCAGAGCUGCUCUUUGCUCAUCUCAUCGGUGACAUUACACCAGGGACCGAGGCUGUAAAACUUCGUACGGGUCAGACAGCAGUACCUGAUGUAGUUGGUGCAGCCGGAAAGGGGGCACCUCGCCGUACCAAAGGAUUAGGUUUGGGAGACCCAGGUGGAAUCUCACUGCAAAGGAAGGGGGAUGCAUUAGCCAAUCAGGACACAUGCUAUGCAGCUUUACGAGUCCUUAGGCAGAUCAUUUUGACCAGUGGCACUCUCUUAAAAGAGGAUUUACAUAAGAGGCUGCAGGAGCUGGUGGUGCCUCUGUGUGUAAGACUCCAGCAGCAGGCUCAGUGCAGUAACUCUGAUGCAGGCAGUGUAAGCGGUCAGUAUGGUAGUGCUGCUCCUCGCUGUGAACUCUAUGCGCUUCUGCUGGCUCUGGUACUGGUGCCGUCCCCCCGAUGGCCACCUCCUCUCUCCUGUGCCAUCUGCGUGUUCAGCCAGGGGCGCAGAGACCGCAACAUCACCGUUUCUUCAUUCUGUGCUGAGGCAUUGACUAUUUGCAACGCUCUGCUUCACCCACGUACCCCCUCCAUCGCUAUUCCUAUGCCUCCUCUAACUCUAAAACCCACCCCAUCUGCUCCGGUCCUUGCUCCUUCCCAAAAUCCUUCUAUGUCACACUCGACACUCAUGGGAGGGCCUGCGCCAGGCCUUUCCUUUGCUCCCAGACAUCCACUAGGGUCUACUUCUAUUGUGGAUUCCCUGGAGAACCAUAUUCCCAAUGCUCCUCCUGUUCUCUCCACACCCAUUAGAGCUACUGGGGCUCAAGGUGAGUUGCUCCAUUCAUCCCUUGACCAGGCAGCUGAUCUGGCAGGCCUGGCAGUGUCAGCUGAAAGCCAAAAACAGGUGUUUGUGCGCUAUGACAAAGAGGAGCCUGAAGACAUCGAGAUCUCACUGGAGAGUGAUUCGGAUGACAGUGUUGUGAUUAUGCCCCAAGGCAUGUUGCUGGAAAUGCAGGAAGGAGCUGCUAACAUGCGAAAUCUGCCUCCACAACCAGGUAUCACCUUGCCUGUUUCAGCCACUGGGUUGGGAGGUGAAGUGGGCACAGUUGAAACAGCACUUCCUAAUGAGCUCCCAACAUCUAUCCUGCCAGCAGAUGCCAGCAGCCUUACAUUUUCAGGGCCUGGUCAAGCAGAGCAGAUGGUUUCUUUGGUGCCACCUCUGAACAAUGCUGUACCGCUUGCAGUGCCCAGUGGUAAUAUUGGCAACUCACUGCCUGCUGGUGCCCAGCUUCAGCAGAUGCUGAUGCAGCCUUCACAAGGUGGGCAGCCAGGUCAGCUGGGUCUGUCCUUACACAUGAAGUUCCAAAAUCAACUAACACAGGGCACUCGCCAGCCUUCCAAUGAGCAAGACCAGAAUGUAAUCAACAUUAACAGCUCGGACGAGGAAGAAGAAGAGGAGGAGGAUGAUAUGGAAGAUGAAGAUGAGCUGGGAGAAGAGGAGGAGGAAGGCCUAGAUGAGGAUGAUGAAGAGGAAGAUGGAAGUGAUUACCCUGAUGAAGAGGGUUAUUACCAAGAAGGCUAUGGGGAGUAUGAGGACGAAGAGGCAGAUGAGCUAGAUGAAGAAGAGGAUGAGGAAGAGGAUGAGGAAGAGAUUCAGCCUGUGGAGGGGGACAACCAGAGGCCUGUGAUGGGGGCAGAGGAGGCAGAGGUAAUGAUCGAAGGGCAUGAGGAGAGUGAAGUAAGUGCCUUCCCAGUGGAGGGUGAAAGACAGGUGGAAGGGGGGAUUGAGGAAAUGGAGGCAGUGAGGAACAUCUAUGGAGAGGAGGGAAUAACGGACAAAGCGGCAGUAGAAGAAAUUGAGAACAUAGGAGCUGUAGAGAAGAACGAAAGUGAGACUGGAGAGCUGCAAAUAGAGACUCAUGUGAUUGGUAGUGAAACAGAGCAACCGGAAGAGAAUGCUCCUGUGGAAGCAUCUGAUCAAGAAGUGGGGCCACAAGAACAAGAAGAAUCCAAACCAGAGCCAGUGGUGACCCCAACAAAUUCCAGGGUCAUUUCAGACAGUCAGGAGACAUGCAUAGAAAUCGGAACCCAAGAGCAAAGUGCAGAAGCAGAGCAAGAAGAGAUGCCCAGUACAAGUACGGCACCUACAUCAGAGAACGUAUCAUCACAGCAGUUGGAGACGGCAGAGAAGGAGGAAAACGUGAAGGAGGAGGAAGGGUCGCAGGUGGAAGUGGAGGCGGAAGCAAGAGGGACAAAGAGAAAAAUAGAUGAUCGGGAAGAUGGACAGGGGUGUGAUCAGAGCAGUGAAAAGAAAAAGCCUGAUGAUGAAGUGAUGGCAUCCAUGCUGGCCGCUUUUAAGGAUUGUCCUCCAGAUGAUGAGGAACACGGAGCUUCACAAUCAUAGUCACAGAGCUAACCACCUACAAGACCCACACAUUUAAUGUACAUGGACUUCAGAUCUCCCAAAGAUCGCAUGUCAAUAUUUACAUACAUGUAACAUUCAUUAAAAGUGUACUCAAAUCAACCUUUUAUCAACUGCAGUUAUUAAAAACCUUCAGGAACGGUUUGAGUCUGGGAUGCAGUAAUGAGUUUCUUUGCAAUGUUAUUUGAUAUGUAUUCAUAUAAGUCACAAAGAACAAUUAUAACAGUAUAAUGGUAUAAUUUAUGCAACUGGUCAUUAUUCUUGUGCAUUUCUUCUUAUAAUGCAACCAGAGUAUAUACAUCCCCACAUUCCAGGGCACUUUGUCCUGUAAGAGGGGAGAUGAAUGGAUUUUUGCCUGUUCUGGGUUGCUUGUCUUCAGCAUGUUUAUGUACAAUUUCAAUUUUUUUUUUUAGUUGUUCCUGCUCUGUGAGCCUUACACUAAAGAACCUGGGGGGAUCUCCAUACAGGAGAUGUUAAUAUUAGUGUAGUUUUUUUAUAUUCUUUUUAUUUGUUAAAUAUGUUUGCUUUUGAUUAUUUGGCUGCAAAAGACAAUUAAAAGCAAAAUAAAACUG